CCUUGAGAUAGCUUACAACUAGUAAGGAGUCGUUAUUUGGUGAUUGUGAAAUUAAAUUUUGAAUGUGUUUGACAAAUAUCGCAUCACUGUUGGCAGAAUACAAAUCCGAGGAAAAAAUGCAUAAUAAAGUGCAUUUUUACGCCCUGUUACUUUGCAUUAUUUUUAUGCAAAUUCUUACAUCAACGGCCAUACCAUGUGAUUCAUGUGGCAAUGAAUGUGCCAGCGCCUGCGGCACAAAACAUUUUAGAACAUGUUGCUUCAACUAUUUGCGGAAGCGCACCGAUCCCAAUGCGAUGAAGAUGAUUACAAAUAAACGUCUCAUCGAUUUUAUCAUGUUGCAAGGACGUGCGUUUUAUACCCAAAAUGAGAUGAGCCAAGAGAGGAGACAGCAGCAAAGGCGACAGCAACAACAAAAGCUCUUAUCCAGAACUCUGCCUUUUAAUAGGGAGGAUUACAAUGGAACCUUAGUUUUUGAAGACUUGCAAGCUUACUAUGACUAGAUUCGAUGACCCACAGAUCAUGACUGAAACUAUGCUUACGAUGAUGAUGAUCUUGCGCACAAAAAUGAUGAUGAUGUUGAUUCUCUUUGAUGCACCCUUGAAGAACGCAUUGAUAAUUUAUUUUGUACAAAUAUUUUUAAUGUAAAACGCCGCUUUAGUUAUCACCUGAAAAUACGAACGAAUAUUUGAAAUGUUAA